AUGCCUCUGCCGAUUCGUUCCUCGAUAUGUUUCCUAUGCCAGACUAAGGCGACCUUGAUCGCCCCAUCAAUUCUCUUAGCCUCAUGGCAGACCACACGAGGCAUGGCCACCGCUCGAUUGCGCCGCAAGGCUGCUCGGAUGGCCCUGUCACCUGACGUUUCUAAGCCAUCCUUGCCAUCAACUACCAAACCGCGAAGGGAACGGGCUGGCCCUUUCGCUUCGAUGAACCAGACCCAGGCACGCAUUCGAGAUGCUCCACGUACACGAUCUCAAGCGGCCCUUAAGCGUUCGGGAGAAGAAGGCAAGACGGAUAAGAGGAAGGAUAGCCCACUGUACAAGGCGUUGAAGAUGCAGGAAACCUUGACAGCUGUGCCCUACGGCCGACGUACAGCCAUUAAAUCUCGACUUGCCAACAUCACCAGUUUUGACCACUUCCCUCUCCUUCCUGCAGUGCGCCAAUCAAUUUUCCUUCAGGCUCUGCCAGGUCUGAGUGACGUCAGCCCCACACCGAUUCAACGACUUGCUAUCCCGGAACUCUUGCUGGAUGAAUCUAAGAGGAAGAAACAGCUGAAGAAGGCAGGUGACGAAGAAUCGGAAUACAAUUUUGAUCAGUACCUCCUGGCAGCGGAGACUGGUUCUGGCAAGACUUUGGCGUACUUGCUUCCCAUCGUUGACGCUGUUAAGCGCGCUGAAGCCCUCGAGGUGGAGGAACAGAAAGCCAUUGAUGAACAAAAGGCACAAGAGCGGCAAGAGAUAACGAAGCACAAGGCGUUCAGCCUCGAGCCCGAGGAACCUCCGAUGACCAACGCCGCUCGCCCCCGCGCUAUUAUUCUCGUUCCGACUUCCGAAUUGGUUUCCCAGGUUGGUGCCAAGCUUAAAGAGCUGGCGCACACAGUCAAAUAUCGCUCCGGCGAAAUCUCAUCGACCUUCACCCCCCGUCGUAUCAAGAACACUCUUUUCCACCCAGCCGGCAUCGACAUUUUGGUUUCCACCCCUCACCUUCUGGGCUCUGUUGCGAAAUCAAAUCCCAACAUCCUCAGCCGAGUCACUCACCUCGUCCUCGACGAAGCCGACUCACUGAUGGAUAGGUCAUUCAUCCCAACUACCACCGAAAUCAUUGCUAAAGUAAACCCAUCUCUUCAAAAAUUGAUCCUAUGCUCGGCCACCAUCCCCCGAAGUCUUGACAAUCAGCUGCGCAAGCGCUUCCCCGACAUGCAACGACUAACGACCCCGAACUUGCACGCCAUCCCUCGUCGCGUGCAGCUGGGUGUUGUAGACAUUGAGAAGGAACCGUACCGCGGAAACCGAGACCUGGCCUGCGCCGAUGUCAUCUGGUCAAUCGGCAAGGCAGGCGACAGGCAUGAGUCCAGCGAGACAUGGGGACCUCUCAAUGCGUACAUGGAACAGAAAACCAAGAAGAUCAUGGUGUUCGUCAACGAACGUGAGGAAGCCGAGGAGGUUACCAAAUUCCUCCAAUCAAAGGGCAUUGAUGCUGUCUCGCUGUCCCGUGACACCGAUUCUCGAAAGCAAGAAGAAACCCUCAAUGAGUUCACGGAGGUUAAGCUCCCUCCCACUGCAGAGGAGAUCAUGCUCAAUAAAAAGAAGAACCGCGCUAGCGGCGGCAUCCCCUUCGAUUUGCCUGAGCGUCCCCAGGAGCAUACCCGCCGCCUCCCUGAUACCAAGGUCCUUGUCACUACUGACAUCGCAUCCCGUGGUAUCGACACGCUGGCAGUGAAGACUGUCAUCCUAUACCAUGUUCCCCACACUACCAUCGACUUCAUUCAUCGUCUCGGUCGUCUGGGCCGUAUGGGUAAGCGUGGUCGAGGUGUUGUCCUGGUGGGCAAGAAGGACCGCAAGGACGUUGUCCGCGAGGUUCGCGAAGGCAUGUUCCGUGGCCAGGCUCUGAUCUAG